AGCUCGUUGACCUCCCUGCAGUCCGUAUGCUACACCGAGCAUGGCCGAGAGGCAGGACACUGAGGUGGAGGAGGCAGACCAGAUCUACUUGCUGAUGAAGGAGGAGUAUCGGAUCUCUAGGAAUGUGCGUCUGGCGUGGUUCCUGGGUAAGCUGAACCAGGUCAUCUGGCCAGCCUCAGUGCCUGAACUGCUGAACUCAGAGAAUGAACUGGACCUGUUGAGCAUCUUACCAAAAGGAUGGCAGCCGGAUUUCCCCCCCACUUUGUACCCCUACAUGUUGAUGCCAUCUACUCGGGCCACCUUCCUGGCCCGGAGGUACCGCUUCAUCAUUGAGCUGGACCUCAGCCCCUCCACUGGGAUUGUGGAUGACAGCACAGGAGAGAUGAUCUUUGAUGAGGUGUUUCACGCCCUGUCCAGGUGUCUGGCUGGUCUUGCUCUACCAUUCAAAGUCCCUGGAACUGAUCAGCUCUUCAAGCCCAAGAUCUUCAUCACCAUCUUGGCAUACUCAUCAAUUAUUGACCUCACUUCCCAUCAGGUUUUGGUGCAGGGCUGUCAGCUUGAUCGAACAGACCUGGAUGAGUUCCUGCACCACAUCUAUCAGAAGCUCAGAGCAGUGGAGAGCAACAUCGCAGAAGUCUUGCAUCAGCAGCAUGAACAGGCAAGUGCACAUCAACACAACAAACUGGACGACCAGCCCCACAGGAAACAGGGCGUUUCCAUGGUGUCAGCUGAUAUGGGUCUGGUCAGCAUGGUACGCCAGGGCAUCCUGGCCCUUCAGUUGCUGCCUCCAAACUCCAGUGCAGGUAUCAUUAUAAUCACAGAUGGAGUGACCAGUGUUCCUGAUGUAGCAGUGUGUGAAACCCUGCUGAACCAGCUCAGGAGUGGAACCAUCGCCUGCUCCUUUGUGCAGGUUGGCGGUGCGUACUCCUAUGACUGCAGCUUUGGAUACAUCCCCAACGUGGAGUUGAUGAAGUUCAUCUCAUUAGCCACCUUUGGCUCGUACUUGCCGAACUGCCCUGAAGUGGACCUGAACAGCCAGGAAAUGAACGCCUACCACAAGGCCUUCUUAACCUACUCCUUCCUCAAGACCCCUGAGUCCAUGAAUUCAGAGUACUUCUGUGUUUCCCAGCACAAACUGUUCAAUGAGCACCUGGUGUCAGCCAGUGGAAACCCUGCCCUGGUGAUGAGGAGGAAGAAGCACACAGAGAAGGAAGUCCAUGCUCAUUUAAUCAGCAUUGUGUCUGUGCGACUGAGAGAAGGCUACACCAUCAGAGAGAUAAGCCUCACCAAAGGUGGGACUCAGCUGGAGGUGAAGCUGGUGUUGUUAUGGAAACACAAUAUGCAUAUUGAGUACCUGGCAGCCGCCUGCUGGCCACUGGACCCCGCCAAGAGAACCACGAGGGUGGAGGUGACAAUGGAGGGAAGCUAUGACAUCCUCCAUGACAUCAGCUGCACCCAGAGGAAACCCAUCACCAGCCCAUACCGCACCUCUGUCAUCCGCCGCUUCUGGAACACACUGCAGAGCAUCAACCAGACUGAUCAGAUGUUGGUGCACCUCCAGGCGUUUAAUUCAAUUCCUGAGAACUACAUGAUCCCUGAGAGCACCAAAAACGGAGUUCCUCUGUUUUACAUCCCCCCUGGAUCCACUACUCCGGUUCUGUCCCUGCAGCACAGUGGAUCCAAAGACUCCCCUCAGUCUCAGUUUGCUUCCUACUGGAAGCCCAUCCUCUCCAUGGACGCCAACUUCUGGCAGAGAUGGCUGCACAUGCAUCGCAUCGCUAUCAUCCUCGAACAUGACAUGCCCAUCCCCAAACACCUGCACACAGCUGGAAACAACGGACGCUACAGCACCAUUCAGUGUCGUAUCUCUCACACUGCCCUCACGUCUCUGCUGAGGGACUGGAGCAGCUUUGUGCUGGUGGAGGGUUACUCAUAUGUUAAACUCAUAUACAGUUCAUCUGACCAGCCUCCCACAUCCUUCUACCUGGUUCGCCUCAUCUCCAAGACGCCCUGCAUGGUGCUGCGCCUAGGCUUCCCUAUUGGUACUCCAGCCCAUGUUAGAAACAAGAUUGUGGAUGAGCUGCGAGAGCAGAUCCUCAAACUCCGCUUCCCUCACCGUGUUCAGAACAAAGAGGCCACCCCCAAGACCAAGAGGAAGAUUGUUGGCCAUCCGUCUCCAUCUAAAUCCCCUUCCAUCCCUGCUCCCAAACUAGCACUGUCAGACAGACCAUGUGUGGUGGUGCUCAAUAAGCCCCUAGAGAAGCUGCUCAUAAGGUACGAGAAGUUGCCCCUGGACUUCAGGACUCCCUUCAUUUUAAACAUGGAGAACUUUCUGCAGCCCUCCAACAGUGCAGUGCCCCUCAGCAUGGCAGCCAACCGGACCGCCUCCUCCACCCUGGCCUCUCUGUCCCGCUACUUCCUGCACCAGCGCUGGGUGUGGGCCGUGCAGAGCAGCCAAGGUCCAGCUGUGGCCAUGCAGGCUGUCGCUCACAUCCUGUCCAUGCUCUCAGACAUCCGGAUUUCAGAAGGCUUUCACUUUGCUGCCAGUGGAGAGGGCAUUGUGAACAUGGUGAUCGAGCUUCCGAUGAGGGUAAACAACAACACCACAUCAAAAGACACGGACAGAGAGAGUCACUCCUGUAUCGUUCAGUACAUCUUGUUUCCUCCUCACUCCACCUCCACUAAGGACAGCUUCUCCACUGACGAUGACAACGACACUGAGGUGGAGGCUGUAGACAUGGACACAGAGCUGAACCUGGUGACAGAGUGCUGGGUGGAACCACAGAGUGGCACAGUGAUGAACUGCAUGGACCAGCAUCGUCACCUCCAGGGCCUCAAGUACCAGGAGAUCCCUCAGGCAAUCUUCCCGAGGGACCUGACCUGUAUGUCCACAAUGAUGACAUUUGAGUAUCUGAGCCAGCUGUGUCAGAAUAAGGACCAGGUCUGCUCGCUACCAGCUGGACUCAAGGGUGUGAGAGCUGAAGCUCUGGCCUCUGAGGACAGCAUCCACAUUGUUCCCUUUCAGUUUGACCUCAUUCAGCUGCUCCCCAAGUGUCAGCAGGUCGAACUCUUCUUCCUCACAUUCAGCACAGUGCUGGAGAAUGAGGAGCAGGUUCACAGCUCCACCUGUCUGCCCAACGAGCUCCUGCUCAGCCUCUUCCACAGCAGCCUGGAGCACGAGCUCAGUGACAAAGAGAUCCCAUUAGCUGACAGUGACCACGUCGCUUUCAUGCACCACAUCUUAGAGCGAGAAAGAGAUGGUCACAUGGCUCCUUUCUCCUUACCUCCUCCAGACAGACAGGACACAAUGACGUCAUUCCACACCACCGGCAGCAGCAAGGAGGUGAUGGGAUCUACUAGCACUUUACAGAGCUUCAGUAAUGCAGACCUGGUGGAUGAAGAGCCCCUGCUGGUGGAGAGCAGCUGCUCUAUGCCACAGUGGAGAUGCUACGCCAAGUACAUCAGCCCCCAGCAGAUCCUCCUCACCUUCCUCCCUGCUUCUUUCACAGAUGUUCUGAUGCUGAUGGCGGCAGGGCUAGAGACAGAACCUCACAGUAACAUCAGCAUGCAGGAAGAUGACACUCUAACCCCCAGCAUCAAGUCUCAGGCUGACACCCUGUCUGGCUCCACCAGUGGGCUGGAGAAAUCUGAGUCUAGCCUCAGUUUGGCCAGUAAAUUGCCAAGGAGCUCCAGCAGCGGACAUUUCACCACCAGGUCCCCUGUAGUCUCACCUCAGUCUGAGUGCCAGACAUGGCCCGCUGACUCACUGGUCCUGGAACAGGACAGCUGGGACAGCAGGGUGUCAGAGACAGAGAUUGGGACCCCCAGCUCAGAGUUGGGAGAAAAAGAGGGAGUCCAGUUCUCUGAACCACAGAAGACAGAUUUCCGCAUCAGCUUUGGCAGGCAGGUUUCCCAGCACAGCACCAGUGACAGCAGCCAGUUAAAGUGUCCAGUUUACGUCUACAACUGCUCUCUGGAGCACCUGAAGGAGCAACUGGUUCACCCCAACACCAGCCGCCAGCCCAGGGACAUCUUCAGGUCACUGUCUCAGGACCGCAGUAGUCCGUCCCUGUGGACCGACCUCCUGGCUCAGCCUCACAAACACAAGGAGCUGGCCAACUACUGCAGCCUGCUGCAGGAGCAUUACCACCAGAGCUACGUCAAAGGUGUGUACCGCAGCCUGCAGCAGUCCUGCAGCAUCAGCUCCCAGGACGUCCUGAUGGCUAUGGACUACUGUGAAGAGUCCCUACAGGAGAUUGACAUCACCUCCUUCCUGCAGACCCUCUGUGGACACAUCAGGGUCUUCAGGGAUCAUGGGGAGGCUCCAGGAUGGAGAGCAAAUCCAAAACCUUCAAGGAGUCCUGCCACUUUCAUCAUCGGAGAGGUUGAAGAGGACCGGCCAAGUGACAGGGUUGCAGUGGCCUCCAUGUCCAGUAUUGACAUGGAGGAUUCCAGUGAAGCUGAGUCUAGAGGGAAGUCCUCUGCUCCCACAUCUCCUCUGACCCUGGAUGAAUCCAGGACAGCCAAGAUCCCAGAGUUCCCUCUGACUCUGCUCCAGACACAGCCCAAGUGUGAAGUGUAUCCAGACCUGCACAGAAUCAUACAGGAUAAAUUCAUGGAGAUCGUGUCUCACUAUUUCAAAACGGUGCCCUCCAACCCACACUACUUCUUCUACUGCCCCCCGUCAUCCAAGAGAGAGGAGGACUCGGAGGACGAUGAGAUAGAAAGAAGACCCAGUGAGGAGCUGGUGUCAGAAGCUGAGCCGGCCACAGAGGACGAACAUAUGUCAGGUUGCUGUGUCAUGACGGAGAGCGACACAGACUUGGUGGUGGAGUAUGAGGAGUAUGCAGGCCCCAGCUCCCAUGGAGAGGGUGAAGACCAGUCCCUGUCAGACUCUAACACUGUCAACCAGGAUCAGGACUCCUUCAGCAUCCUGGAGGGAGACUCCCUGCUGGACCCUGAGGGGCAACAGCUGGACAUGCCUCCGCUGUUUGUUCAUGUCACAUGUUCGGUCAAUAUGAAAAGCUGCCACGGCUCUAUGCCCAUACAGACUCUGCCUACCUGCCUCGGGGAGAUCAUAUCCUGUCUGGAGAAUGCUGAGGCCCUGCAGUCUGUGGAUUUGAAUGAGUUCUCAGUCACUUUAGAUAUUUUUGUCCUGACACUACCUCUGGAGAUUGAAGUCAUGGCGGAUUUCCAUCACAACAGGUACACCUCAGAGAGCAGUGUGUCCCUGAACCGCUCACCGGGACAGCCAUCGUCCUACCGCUCUGAUGAGGAGCUGAUGGCUGUGUUGGACAGUCUGAGGGGAGCUGGUGUUAAUGGGUGAGUUUCUCCUCACAAGUUAGCGAUCCUGGCCACGAUGGAUGAGAUCCGCUGGCUGCUGGAGGAUGAGAUCGUAUCUGCUCUGCGUCACUCUCGGGUCAUCAGCUCGGCCACACUGCAGAAAGUAGCAGAGCAUGUUUUACGCUCCAGUGGUCGACUGCACUGUCACUGUGAAGAUGUCCCACUGCAGUUUGUCUUCGGGCCAGACCAGUCUCUGGAGAAAUUUAAAGAGGAAUUCCGCAGAAUCUCAUUCUCUGGCUAUGUCCUGAAUGGGCAACAGGACAGUUUCUACUACAUGUCCCUGAGCAGACUCCACCCACAGAGGAUCCACGCAGCCAAGAGGCUUUCUGAGAGCACCGCAGACCCCCCACUACACACCAACCCCUGCAGCACUGCAGCACAGGUGGAGCACGUGAUGCUGGAGAGUGAAGCAGAGGCUCAGGCAGCAGAGGGAGACAGUGAGAGUCAAGACAAGAGGUCCAUCAGUGCUGCUGCUGACGCUCCCAGUGACACAACUGCAGAUGCCAGUGAGCCAAUCAGAGCCCUGAAGCCUGAGCCUGACAAUAUUGUUUAUCAGAGCUCAGUUAGCAUGGCAGCGGACCGAGGUCAGCCCAGUACCACCCAGCUCCAGACUGACUCCUGCAUAGAGCCCACGUCACCCCCCAAAACACCAUCCAGUGUCAGCCUGGCUGAGUCCGUGCAGUCCGCCUCUCACAGCUGCGGCAAACUCAGGCCAAGUCGAGUCCAGAGCGUCGUGUCCAGCCAGGGCAGUCUGGACUCAGACAUGCAGGGUUAUGAUGGCGGCAGCAGUGACUCUGAGUGUGAGAGUCCCACCCUGGAUGAGCAGGAGUGUCAGUCACCACUGAUGCCAGACUUCUGGCUGAUUGUUAAGAUCCACCAGGACCGGGUGAAGGUCUACUCCCACUCCAGGUCAGACAAACCUCAGGAGAAGCCUGGAGAGCUGCCUGAAUACUUACAGCUACAUCAGAUGGUUGUCAGGAAGAUCGGAGAGAUCUGCAGGGUAGUCAAUCAGCGAAUGCUGCUUCAGGACCUACAUGACAGCCAUGUGUGUAACUCUCUACUGGUCGCUGAGAGUGAGGAAGACAUCUGGAAGAGCGAGUCUCACUACAGGCAGAGGCUCAACACCUCCGACGAUUACAACACAGAGGAAAGCUACCAGGCCAGGGAUUACUUGGCUGCCACCAUGCAGUUCAUCCCUGGACAUUUUGCCUGUGACGUGGUGUGGAGCACAAUCAUCCACAUUCACCCUCGUCUCAAGAUGGGACCCAACAUGGGGGUGUCCAGAGCCAUCCAGGCCCUGCGAUCAGUGCUCAACUCUUUCUGUGUGGUCAACAGGAAGAACAUGUUUGUCUACCAGGAGAGAACAACUAAAUCAGUCUUCUACCUCAGACUUUGUGAAACAUCGCUAACAGGGAAGUACUCUGAUGUGGAUGGAAACCUUCACAUGACUCGCUCCAUUGGGCUUUUCAGGAGUCAGGAGCCGCUGUUUUCUGAUGACCUCACGGGGUCCAGGUCUUCUCUGGAGGGCUCUCGGCCAGUUGGACAAGUAGACAAGCACAUCCUACUGCUGGUGCAUGGAGUGGGAAAUGCAGGUCCAGAGAUCACAGAUGAGCUGGUUAAGGUUCUGAGGAAGCGCCUGGAUGAGACAACGUUGGACAUCAUCACUGUCAUGCUUGUCAGGAACUGCAAGCUGACACCAGCUGAUGUGGAGUUCAUCCAGCCAUCAGGAUCUCCAGCCACUGAGGUGAUGAACUUCAGCCUUCCCCAGUACUGUCUUCCCUGGCUGCCUGCUGUGGCUCACUACCUGAGGCAGAACCUGCUCAUCUUCCUACAUGUACCCAAGUACACGGACAGCAAUACUGCGCACCAUUUCAAGCACUACUUUCAUUUGAGCAGUGACUUGGCUGACGGUGAUAUCUACCUCUACAACAAACCUGGAGGCCAGGGGACUGGAGGCAAAGGUAUCGCAUGCAUCGCCCUCUCAUUCGUGGAUGCCCGUGGUCACCCCCUUCAGGUUCCAGCUCAUGACGGUGCCGCACUGCAGAGGUCAGAGAACUGCACCACCCCCCUUCACCCGGACCAUUUUGAUGAGCUGACCACUGUGGUUAAAGUGGACUCCGUCACUGUUGGCUCAGAGCCACAGCUGUAUGUGCGCUUUGACAUCUGGGAACAAGGCAACAUCAGCCCCUUACAGCUCAGUGACAGACUGCAGGGGGCACUGCGCCACGCACUCUGUGACGUUGUCAUGGAGCUGAGAGUCUUACCAAAUCCUCUGUGUCUGGGCAUGGUGUGCCCGGCAACCAAGGCGCAGAGAGAAGAAGCUAAAGUACAACAAAACCAGCGCGAGACCCCAAGCUCCAGUCUGUUGAUUCCUCUACCUGAGGUGAAGGAAAUGAAAGACAGCCCCCGGCAGCGCAGUGGCUCACGGGUCUUUAAAACCAGCCCCUCUCCCAUCACCUUAACCCAAGCUUUGGGGAGCACCCCCGUGACAGGGACCGGAACACCCGAGUCCACCACACCCACUGGCAAGAGCACCCGCCGGAGUUUCUGGGACAUACUGAGUAAGCCAGACUCAUCGGAGCUGGGGAGCCCAAAGACAACUGAUGACAUUGUGCAGGAGAAAGGGGAGGAGGGCCGAGCAGCGCGGCGGAGACACAAGACAGAGACCAUAAAGCAGCAGUGGAGCCAGGAGAAAGCUGUGGCUGUGGAGCUGGAGCAGGCCCAGAGGAGGCAGGUGUCUCAUUUGGAGGAGGGAGAUGUGGGCACCCUUCACCCCAUCUACCAGGUCACCUGCCAGCCAUGGAUCACUUUCAUGGCUAAACUUGGCUGCCCCUCCAUUCAGCAGUGCACUGCUGAAAUAGCUUCACACUUCUUGCUGCCUUCCAUCUUAGCAGAGAUUGGCAGUUUGGUCAGUUCCCUGGCCAGUGAUACAGCUGUGAAGGCAUUUGAAAAGACCAGCUUCCCCCCAUCUGGAGAUGUAUUUGUACCAUUUGCUCAUGUCCAGACCCUCAGCCAGGCUCCAGACUCCACAAGGAGCUUCAUUCUCAUUGGUCGCAACUUUCAUCAGUGGCAUUGUAGCACAGAGCAAGAAGACAGUUCAGAUGAAGAAAACACCCCAGUGCUAAAUAGGUUCACACCUCAUAAGGGCUUCCAGCGCUUUGAGGCUCUUGAGCAGAGUGAUUGGUUCAGUCCAAGCCAGGCCGGGGCAGGACUCGCUCCCCGCCAGAGGUUCCUUUAUAUCAGCAUCCUGGAUAAAAAGGUGACUCUCUACAGCUACAACUGGUCUGUAGAUCUAGGCGCCUCUCUGAAUCGUGAGCUUGUCCGCCUUGUGAAGUGGCAGAAUGCGAGGGCUCAUGUUGUCCACUGCCUGCUCAACCAGAAGAUGGGCCUCUUCCACCACUACUGCUUCUCUGAUGCACCUCUCCAUGAGAUGGACUCCAAGCAGAACCCCAACCCGUUCCUCGGCCCCUCCACGGAGCCUGAUGCGUUGCUGCGUAGUGCGGUUCCUCCUCUGCCCAGUAAAGAGCAGGGCAGGCUGGGCAGCUCUGGCCGGAGUCUUGCGCCGCUCCACUUCCCCUCUGAGCUGCUUCCUUUUGAUGAGGCCCUGAGGGACAUCUGCACCACCCGACCAUUGAUAGAGGGGGACGCGGUGACCCGACAUGGCGGGCAGCUCUUGGACAUCAAAGCUGCUGAACGAAAAGAACUGGAGAAGCAGAUGAAGAUAGAGAACCUGUUUGUGACUUGGCAGCAGAGGUCAGCACAGUCUAACAUGCCCAUCUCAGGGGUAGACUUGGAGACCCUGAAGCAGUCGUCCAGGCUGGUCCACUACUGUGCCACCCCUCUCCUCUUUGACCCUGUCUUCCGGAAGCAGAUCCAAGAGGAGCAGAUUGUUCAGCCUCCAGUGAAGAAACGGCAUCGCUCCAGUGACUCCACAGCAUCAGGACGGGACCGAAGCUACAGCACUGACUCGGCAGACAUGCUGCCCAGCCGCCUGAAGGAAGAACCCUGGCUGCUCGAGAUUUCCAGCACCUUCCUCCAGCAGUACGUCCAGUACCUGCAGAGCAUGGGUUUUAUCCUGGUCCAGGUCCGGCCUCAGUCUCCAGCUCGCAGCAUCGCCCGGGCCCGUGCAGCCAUGCUGAGCUCGAUGUCGUCAGAAGCCAGGAUGUCUUUUUCUUAUGUAAAGCAGAAGAGUGAGGAUAGCCCUAAGACAACAGCAUCUUGCACCACUGCAUAUCACCUCCAGAGGGCGUUGCCAGGUGGGAUUGUCCUCAUGGAACUGGCUUUUCAGGGCUGUUACUUCUGUGUGAAGCAGUAUGCACUGGAGUGUUCCCGCAUUCCCAUGGGCCAGACAGUCAACUCUCAGCUCUCCAUGCUCUUCACUGAGGAGUGUGAUAAGGUGCGGGACCUGAUGCACGUUCACUCCUUCAGCUAUGACUUCCACUUGCGAGUGGUUCACCAGUACUUGGUUGGCUGCCACAUGACGCUGCGCCAGGGCUACCAGCUGACUGACUUCCUGGAUGACUUCAUCUCCCAUCACCCGGACAUUCCCAAGUUCGGCCGCAACCACGUCUUCCAAGGGAGCUUCUCCAUCUCCACCGGGAUGAUAACGGCUCACCAGCUCUACAACUACAUCACUGACCAUGCCAGCACCUACAGCAUGAAGCCGCUGCGCAUGUCCAAGACUGCAGUCACCACCGACAACAAGAAAGGGACACCUGACCUCCAUGAGUACGCUCUGGUGGCUCUGUGGAACAGUUCUGGCUCUUACAAGGAUCUGGAGGGUCUGCAUCACCAUGACGACUUUGAUGUAUCCCUGGUGGUGUGCCAUAAUGCUGCUCCAUUUGAGGAGCAGUCAGACGGGGAGAGGCAUUUACUGAGGCUGCGAUUCUAUGUGAUCAUGACCAGUCAGAGGGAGCUCUUCCCCCGCCUCACUGCUGACAUGCGUCGUUUUAAGAAGCUACCACAGAUCCACCGUGAACCUGUCACCUCGGGCCCCAGUGAUGGGAAUGAGUUUUACCCUCUGGCAAGGGGUGGUCCAGAAGCUCAGGGGCUGUUCUACCCGUCCCCUGUGUUCCCUCUGCUCAACAACGAGGUGGCGUCAGCCCGCAGGCAGAUCCAGGCCAGCGUGGAGCAGGCCAUGGGUCACUGCCGCAGGGACAACCUGUGGAGGAGACUGUUCCAUGGAGAACACCUGGCUCUGGACAAACUGAAGCUGACCAAGCUGUCAUUCAACGAGCUGGAGGAGCUCCUGGAGUCUGUGCAGAGUCGCUCGGUGGGGGAGAUCGACCCACAACUGGACUGCUUUCUGACCAUGAGUCCAGCCUGGUACCAGAGUCUGAUCAAAGUCCUGCUGAACCGCUUCCCUCAGAGCUGCAGACACUUCGACGAUAACAGCAUCCAGUACCUGGCUGUUCUGAACCAAAAGUUCACAGACUGCUUUGUUUUGGUGUUUCUGGACAGCCAAGCUGGAAAAACAAGUCUGAAGGUGGUGUUUCGGGAGCCGCUGCCGUCACAGCCACAGGCCAGCAGCAGCCCUCCUCCACAGCUGGUGUCCAUGUAUCAUCACCUGGAGUCUGUCAUCAACACCGCCUGCUACAACCUCUGGACAGGACUGUUAUAGAGCUGAUCAGACUGUCAUGUGACCACAAUCGACACAUAGAAACAGGAAGCAACAGGAAAACUGAAGACAAUAGGCUUCUGGGAUGCUUCUUGCUUGCAGUUCUCCUGAGCUGCUUUGUUGCUGUGAUAGAGGAGGAGAUGGGUGACGUUACUGUGUUUAUGCACCUACACAUUUAUACUACACAUGAUGCAGCAAAUGCCUCAAGCCAGUCAGAAAAAAACUAAAUUACUCCUAACUGUGUCAGUCUUAAUCCUCUGAUGUACUUGCUUUUUACUACAGCCACCAUCACCACACUGUGAUUGGCUCACAGUGAUGACCUCACAGUGAUCUAAGCCUGAACACAUGUAAAUACUCCUCUCUCUACAGCUGCAUAUCUGCUCUGUUAAACAGCAAGUACAUCACAAGUAUUAGGGCAGUGCUUGACCACACUGUUGUUCCCUCACAUUGAACUAACACUGAACCCUGGUUGGUUUCAUCCCUUGAUGGUUCCAAUAAAGUUUAUUCAAACAAGAAUACAUCCUCAAAAAUGUUGACAAAGGACAAAGACAGCAGCCUUGGUCAGGACACUUCACUAGUUUAUGAGGAAUUAGGAGAUGGGAACAAACUGCUGACAGUCAGAAAUCCAAUCAGCUGUCCAUCGAUCAUUCAGGUGAAUAGUGGGGCGUCAUGACCCCCCCACCCCACCCAACUCCGAUAUUGGAUGUCAAACUACUACAGUUGCUUCGAGGGCGGGGGGCAAUCAGGGUUAAAGUCAGGUUUCAUCUGUACGAUAUCUACUCAGCGGCCACGUUUAUUGAGAGAUCCUCUGAUUAAUCAGAGCAGCACAUCACAGUAACGAGUUUUUACACACUGAGAAAAAAUAAAGGAGUGGAGUUUUCAGGGAUCAGGACUGUUUGAAGACCUUUAGCACAGGUUGGAAAGCGGAACAGAGGUGUCCAUCUCUCUGGUAUCUGAUCCUCAGCAAAAUACUUCCAGACUGUGGAUGAGGCCCUGGAGGAGGGUCCUGGUCCUUUAAUGCUGUGCUGUGACACAGACUCUGAUGAAUUGAUGGAUCAGGGUCUGUUGAGGUUUUUACCAGUAGAGAAAACAACACUUCUGUAUUUAUUUAUUUUUUCUCAUUUGUGACUGACAAACAUUUUAAGAGUAUGCCAGCUGUUUGGAUUUACUCAGUCUGAUGUUUCAUGCUGAAAUGCAUCAUCAUCAUCAUCAUCAUCAGUAGUCAUAAACAACCAACAACCCCUUCCUGGUUGUAAACCUGCACAAGUCUCAGACAGUUUCCUCGGUUCUUGUGCCUUCUAAUAGUAUUUUGCUGGCUCUUCAAACCACAUCAGUGUUUUAGAGGCGUGAGAGACAGCUGAGGUGUCAGUGCAGAGUGGGAGGGCCUUUAUGUUUAUAUCUCCAACAGUAUCAGACCUGCUCCUCUCUUAAAGCCCACUGCCAUAUCUGGUGCCCUGAAGUGCCUUCCUCUGUUCAUUUCUCCUUUUUUAAAAAACCUUUUAAGUGAUACUGUUGUCAUUCCAUCAGCUCUGCACAGAGGAUCUUUGGAAACACAGUGAAAGUGCCUGAGUCAGUCUGGAUAAAUGUGACUAAAAUUGCCUUCCAUAAGCAGGAAAAUUAGUCAUAUUAACUUUGAUGAUUUGCAUAUUGGCAUGCCACAUCAUCAGCAUUUCCACAGCACGCUGAGGGUGAUGAGUUUGACUUGUCAUGUGUGGGUGGUAAUCAUACCUCCAGUUUACAAGAGGGCAUGAAGCCAGUGUCACUACAUCACCACAAACAUGAAGGCUUGAUAUGGCAGUAUCUUCAUUAGUGACAGGCCUCACAGCUCUGCACACAAACCAAACACGUCUAAACCUCUGUGGAUGUAAAAUGAAAAAAUGUUGAAUUCAGUCUGAAUGUUAAACACUGGAAAUGUGACCUGGAAAUAGUUACCCCUUAGCAUUUUUACACUGUACAUAAACACUGCAUUGUCUCUAACUGUAUCAUGUAUAUGAUGUAUAUACAGAACACUUUAUACAGUACGUAAAAUGCUAAAUAAACUAGUGGGAUAAAUGAGAA